GCUGCUGCUCUAAGAUGGCGGCGGUGUUGCCCGAGUGCCGGGCGCUCACUUAUUGCGUUUAUAAAUGGUCCAGUUACUCUUCCAUUUAUGUUCCCGAAAAUAUUUUGGUGGAUAAACCUCACGAUCAAUCUUCAAGGUGGUCCUCCGAAAGCAACUACCCCCCUCAGUACUUGAUUCUGAAACUUGAGAGGCCUGCAAUCGUUCAAAGCAUCACUUUUGGCAAAUAUGAAAAGACCCAUGUCUGCAACCUGAAAAAGUUUAAAGUUUAUGGGGGAAUGAGUGAAGAAAACAUGACAGAACUGCUUUCCAGUGGCUUAAAGAAUGAUUACAACAAGGAGACUUUCACCUUGAAGCACAAAAUUGAUGAUCAAAUGUUCCCCUGUCGUUUCAUUAAAAUAGUCCCAUUAAUGUCAUGGGGGCCUAGCUUUAACUUCAGCAUCUGGUACGUUGAAGUACAUGGGAUAGAUGAGCCAGACAUUGUACAACCGUGCCUUAACUGGUAUAGCAAGUACCGUGAACAAGAAGCCAUUCGGCUAUGCCUGAAACACUUUCGCCAGCACAACUACACGGAGGCCUUUGAGUCAUUGCAGAAGAAAACCAAGAUUGCAUUGGAACAUCCAAUGUUGACAGAAUUGCAUGAGAAGCUUGUCCUUAAAGGCGACUUUGACACUUGUGAAGGACUGAUUGAAAAAGCUGUCAGCGAUGGUUUGUUUAAUCAGUACAUCAGUCAACAGGAAUAUAAGCCAAGAUGGACGCAGAUCAUUCCUCAAAGCAACAAAGGUGAUGGAGACGACAACAGACCUGGAAUGAGAGGAGGUCAUCAGAUGGUAAUUGACGUUCAAACAGAAACUGUAUAUUUGUUUGGCGGUUGGGAUGGAACACAAGAUUUGGCAGACUUCUGGGCAUACAGCGUUAAGGAGAACCAAUGGACUUGUAUAUCAAGGGAUACUGAGAAAGAGAGUGGGCCAAGUGCUAGGUCUUGCCAUAAGAUGUGUAUUGACACAACACGAAGGCAGAUAUACACACUGGGCCGUUACUUAGAUUCUUCUGUGCGAAAUAGCAAGUCUCUGAAGAGUGAUUUCUAUCGCUAUGACAUAGACACUAAUAAAUGGACAUUGUUAAGUGAAGAUACUGCUACAGAUGGUGGACCGAAGUUGGUGUUUGAUCAUCAGAUGUGCAUGGAUUCUGAAAAACACAUGAUUUACACGUUUGGUGGAAGGAUAUUAACUUGCAAUGGAAAUGUCGAUGACACUCGAGCUAAUGAGCCACAAUUUAGUGGACUUUUUGCUUAUCACUGUCUGUCGAACACUUGGAAGCUACUUCGGGAAGACUCGUGCAAUGCUGGACCAGAGGAUGUACAGUCCAGGAUUGGGCAUUGCAUGCUCUUUCACACUAAAAAUCGGUGCCUUUAUGUAUUUGGUGGUCAGAGGUCAAAGACCUACCUGAAUGACUUCUUCAGUUAUGAUGUGGACAAUGAUCAUGUGGAGAUAAUUUCUGACGGCACAAAGAAGGACUCUGGUAUGGUUCCAAUGACAGGUUUCACUCAGAGGGCUACAAUUGAUCCAGAAUUGAAUGAGAUUCAUGUCCUGUCAGGUCUCAGUAAAGAUAAAGACAAGCGGGAAGAGAAUGUUCGGAAUUCUUUCUGGAUUUAUGACAUCGCCCGGAAUAAUUGGUCCUGUGUGUAUAAAAAUGAUCAAUCUGUAAAAGAUAAUCCAAAUAAGAGUCUUCAAGAAGAGGAGCCGUGCCCGCGAUUUGCUCACCAGCUUGUCUAUGAUGAUAUGCAUAAGGUUCAUUACUUGUUUGGCGGGAAUCCCGGGAAGUCGUGCUCGCCCAAGAUGAGACUAGAUGACUUUUGGUCACUGAAGCUUUGCCGUCCUUCCAAGGAUUACCUCCUGAGACAUUGCAGAUACCUCAUCCGACGACACAGAUUUGAGGAAAAAGCUCGAGCAGAUCCUUUAAGUGCUUUAAAAUAUUUACAGAAUGACUUGUAUGUUACUGUGGAUCACUCAGACCCGGAAGAAACUAAAGAGUUUCAGUUACUGGCUCAGGCUCUCUUCAAGUCAAGCUCAGAUUUCAUACCAUUAGGUUUUUCAGACGUUGAUCAGACUUAUGCCCAGAGGACACUGCUGUUUGACACGCUGGUAAACUUCUUUCCUGACAGCAUGACACCUCCAAAAGGCAACUUGGUUGACCUCAUCACACUGUAGCUGGACAGCAAUUGAUGGAUUUUGGCUGAAGAGAAACUGAAAUAUAAAUCUGAUCCCCUGUUUUGUACAGGCUAGAUUGGCUUAUGAUGUUUGGCUCGCAAAAUUUUUUGUUUUGUAAUGCGUCACCUUUCAUCUAGUUUUGAUUUGAGUGUCUAAUUUCAGUGCUGUUUUAAUGCAGAGGAUAAAACUGGGUUGAAACAGAUGAGUUGUGUCAAUAUGGGUUUGCUUCUCAUCGUGUGUUCAGUCCCUUGCUUGGUAAAUAUUUGGAUUUAAUAAUAAAUCCUGCCAUCAGAGUUUCAGUCGAGACAUGCAGUUGACGUUCUCAAUGUUUUGGAAUAAUGCUACAAAGAUACUUCAGUAUUUCAGUCAACAUUUGUCCAUUUUACAGCCCAGUAGUCCACACCCUUGAAGUCACAUGGUGUUUUAUGUACUGUUCCCUGUCUCUCUGGUCUCCACAGCAAUAUUAAUAACUGCUUUAGAAGGUGCGGCGAUGUUUUUGAGAUUAAAUUACUGCUGUGCAUCAUGUAUUGUGACUGCAGCAUUACACAGUGCCCUCUGGGGUGAGUUGACUCUUAAAUUCUCAGCAGGUUGAAUAGAUUUGCUGCCAUUAUUUGGAUGCAUUUUACUUUAGAAUUCAUUCGUAAUACUAUUCAUUUCAACGAUUGCACUUCAUUCCCAGUCCUCCUGUAAAUGGGACUGACUUCACAUUUGUCACAUUUCUCUCUUAGUUUCCUUAAUAGCAGGGUAUAAGAAAAAACAAUUUUCAAAAUAUUUGUUGCUGAGCUGUCUGCUUUAAAGGUACGAAGGAUCCAGAGAAAUCUUCUCCUCUUUGGACAAGGUUAUGUCAAAAAAAAAUUGCUGUCAAAAAAAAUUGCUGUCAAAACUUGUAGUCAGCUGCAAUUUGCCCACGGUGCGAGGUACAGAAAACGUGAAUCCAAAGCCUACUGUUAAGUAUAUUCCCACGAAAAGUGAGGCCCACCAAUUUUUAUUUUGGAAGCAAGACUAUUCUCACUUUUUUUGUGUUUGCUAAUUCACCUUUUGAAUGUGAUGUUGGUCACAGAAACAUGAAUGGCAAAAAUCCAGUCAGUCUGUGGCUUAGAGUUUCUUACUGAGUCUGAGAAAGCACUUGUGAAAAGAUCUGUUUUAUGGCAGACAUUCAGUGGUGUUUCCUACUACUGUUCAGGAUGUGUGACAUCAUAUUGCCCUUUUUAAAAUUUAAAUUGGAACACAGUGGUAGAUAUUCUGUCAGACUGCUUCCAAGUCCCUCCUCGCUUUAUUUGCUAAGUGAUAGACAAUGUUAGAAUGUGUGAUCUGCGAGCUGUUGUUGGUAAGGUGGUUGCUUUGAAGUGGUAGAAGUUUGGUUUUGAACCCUUUCUGCAGUUAGCUUCCAUACAAUAGAAAAAGAGCCCAGUUUUAAGCCAUUUCUUGCAUUGUUAUUUUUCAUAACUCCUAAUGAUGUAAAGCAUGUUGUGAAGUUUAGUCAUCAGUUGUAAUGUCAUUUCUUGAAACUGAUAUUUUUGCAGAGUAUUGUCCUUUUUUUAAACAAAAGUCCAAUUCAGCUGCCAAAGAUAGAUAUGGUCAAUGGUGCCAAUUAAAGUGCAUAUUUGAAACUUCGAAAUGGUGACCUUGUUGUAGUAUUUUAAUUUUUGAUAUAUGUUUCUCAGAAGAUGUAUUUUAAUUCUUUCACAUUUUUGGGAACCUGAAAUAAUUAUUGUAAUUGCUGAUAAGGAAAUUGUGGAAGAUUUUGGCUGAUGAAGGUUUGAGUUCCACUGCUUUUUACAAGAGUUAUUCAUGUGUUUUUAAUCCAUUGUCUCAUUACAAUUUAAAUUCCCCAUGCAAAUAACCUUGUGUGGAGGAUGGUGGCAACAGACCUGCUAAACAGACACACUUAGCAGUCACAAAAUGAAACACUUUCACUUGUCUUAGGAAUGCAUGUAAUUACGAUAACUUACCCUCACUGGAUUGUUCCCUUUAGGCUGGUUCUGUGCAAAACUGUCGGAGGCAAAGAUUUUUUUCCCUUUUUGUAGAAGAAAGCUUUAAAUUUGGUUUUCACAAAUGGCUCCUAAAAAAAGUAUCGUCAUUGUUUUUAAAAAGAAUGAUGACAUUUUUCACGCUGCAUUCAUGCCUCUACCAAAAAACUUGCACCACUGACAAUUCUGAUUGCUUCGAGAUGCACUCUUAGAGUCACGAUUUUGUCAGCAUUGCUGCUGAUGGGCUCCUUGUUGAUUUAGAUUUGGCGCUGUGAUCUUUGCUUUGUCUUGCUAAAUUCCCCAGUCUGAUAACUGUAAAGGUGCUUGGUGUGAUAUUGCCUUUUUGGAAAAAUGGCAGGAGUGUUAAAAGAAUAGAAUUAAAGAAACAGCUUCCAGCCCUAUGUAUGUAAAUGUGUUUAUGAUACAGGCAACAUUUUUCACAUUUUUCAAAUGUUGCCAUAUCCCAGUGUAUAAAAUGUUCACAGAACAAGGUAUUUAGUGAAUUCUUUCCAAAUCUAGAAACUUGAGCCCUGUCCCCAAACUAAAACCCAAGCAGUGUGGCACAGAAUUGUUUUACAAGUUGUAAAAACCUGUGCUGAAAUUAAGAAGCAAUUUUUGAACAGAUCCCGUUCUGAACCAUAAAUUUCAAAAUAGAUCAGCCCGAACCAAAGCUUAUUGUUCCUGUUGGUUUUACACAGUGACUUUGAAUUAGUAAACAACCUGCUCUGAUGCUUUUGACGCAGUGCUAAUCAGAGUUCAGGGCAUUUUGGAAAUACAGACACCAGAAAAGCAUUUACUUUGCUUUGUUGUUCUUGUUAAAACAAUGAUGCUAGCAAUUUCUACACAGAAUUGAAAAGUGUUACUUCAAGGUUGCGCCUCCUGCACUUGAUUCCAUGAUUUAAAAAUAUGCCUACGAUUGUGAAGUUAACAAUUGGACGCAACAAGAACUCAGUCCAAAUGUUUAAUAUGCACAUCCUCCUGAUUUAAUAUAUGGAAUGUUGUAAUUCAGUGUGUUUCAGCAAUCCCCUUUGUCUUUGUCAGAUAACACUUGUUGCUAAUAAUCCAUUGAGCGUAGUUGUUGUGCACUUACACAGUUGGGGCUGUGGGCUUCAUUGUGUAGAACAUGUCAGAGUAGGUACUGGAAAGCUUUCAUGAUCAGAACAACAUCACAGGUGUGUGCUAAAGAAAAGUUUAAAAAGUUCUAGGCCAUAUUUGUGGCUUCUGACUGGUAGAUUGAAAAAUACAAUAAAAAAACCUCACAUUUAUAAUUGCCUUUCACGGUGGCAGCGCCACAAAUUGCUCAACUAUUCCUUCUGAACUUUUUAUUUAGAUAAAGCCAAGUGUUUAAAGUGCAAAACCUGGCCAUCAACGUCUGAAAAGCUAAAGAUUGGUUAUCUCCUGAAGAAUCACAACAAAAACUAGUAGUUUCUGCCUCAUGUUGGCUGAAUUACUAUUUUUGUGUUAUACAUUUCCUUUGUAUCUUUUAGUCUGCUUUUGGUUUGAAUUAGUUAACUAUACUUGUAAAGCUUAAAAAAAAGACCAUGAUGUGGUUCAAUUUGCCAAGUUUCUGAAAAUUAUUGGAGAGGACGAAUGAUUAAUUGGUAUGUAAGAACUACCGUAUUACUGUUCUCCAUUAUAGUUUUUUGACUAAUGCCCCAAAUAGUUGCAUGGUAAUAUCUUAAGUUUUAAAUUUACCCCGUAGCUUGACAAACAUUUCUUUAUCUUUUUAGAAAUACCUAGCCGAUUUAUGUCGACAUUUUAAUUAACUGGCACAAAUAAAAUCCGAACAGUUGUGAACCUUGAAUGUACAAAGCACCUGGUUGAUUCAUUCAUUUUUAUGAGCUAUUCUAUAAUUAGAAGAAAAAGCACGAAUGCACGGGUCAACUUUUGCCCCACUAAAUCGGGUUGAAUUGGCCUUGUACUAAAACUUUGUUACUGACUCCACGUAUUUUACAGCUCACACUUUGUUUUGUUGGAUGAGACUUAAUUCCCUGACAUACAGCUUGACACAUUUCCAAAUGAGUUGCUGUGACAAAUGACUUGCUCUUCUCAUGUCUUAGAGAUUACUGGAUCUCUAUCAAUUCAACAUUUAAUAUUCAGUUCUGCGUCAGACUUACGGUUGAUCCACAGCUGCAGCGGUUUACUGUGCUCUAUCCAGUUAGAAGUGUGUUGCAUUUCCUCUGCUAAUGUGCAUGUCCUGGCCAGUAUUUCUCCUUCUACCCACCUUUGACCCAACACGAUUUAGCACUGACAUCCCCUUGCAGCAGCCUUCACUAACAGAGAUGGGCUAAUAGUUUAUUCUGCUAUUGUUUGAGGCCUUGCUGUGUAGAAAUUGUCUGUUAUAUAACAACUACAACUUCAAAAAGUAAUUGAUUAUUAAGCAUAUUGAUGUGACCUGAUACUAUUGAAGUAUUUGGAGUUCCUUCAGUCAGCUAUCUGGCCAUUUAAGGGAGAGGCCUUGACACUUCCAAGUUUUGAGUUUGUUUAAGACCGCCUGAAACGCAAUCCUUCACAGUAUUGGUGCACAAAGAUAAUUCAAGCAGCCAUUUUUUUAAAAACGAAGUUGGUGAGCCAGAUUUUGGAGUUUAUUGAAUAACCAUUGCCCAGAAUUUGUUAUUAAUUUGUACUAAAUUGGCAUCUCUUAAAGUUCUCUUCUGAAAAUGGAGAUGUUCGGCGCAAUUUUUCACUCUCUCUCUUUAUGGGCUUGUUUCAGUUUCCUGUGUAGCAGUGUAAAGGAUUAUAUUGAACGGAUUGCAUACUUUGAAUGUUGAUCAUCGAAAAGUAGGUGGAACAAUGCUUAGAUCAGUUAUUCACCUGUGAGUGUCUUGAUCUCAUGAAAGAUCUUCAUGCCUGCAUUGCAUACUCAAAUAUGUAUUUUGUGAACAUGGGAGGAAAGAAAGUGGUGUUUAACUCAUGUUGGCUGAAAUAGUAGUGUAUGGGCCCAUGAAGCUGAAAUAAUUUUGGUUUAGUUCAAACAGUCUAGAUUUGAAAGUGAAAACUGAGCAUCUAGAACCAGAUCUACUUGUAAAAUGAAGUAAUUAGAUCACGUUUCACCUUUAAUCUCCUUAUUUUGUAGUCUUCAUCCCACAAAGUGAAGUGAAAUUUGCAGAGUACAAACCUGUUAUGAUUGAGCUAUAAUAAUCUGGUGAGGGUACAUUUUUGCUUGAUGUGUCAGAUCAGCAAAGAUCUAAUUAAUUGGUUAAGCAGGUUGGAGUUGUACAUAUGUAAAAGUUGUGGUUAGGCAGAGAACAGAAAAGCUGGUUGAUAGCUUAUUACCUUAAUUUAAUAAGUACCUAAAUGUCAGAUUUGGAACUGGUGGAAUUGGAAUUGUGCAAAAUAGUAGUUAGGUGGGUAUCUUUUUUAAUUGCCCCUUUUUCCAACAUAUUGGAACAAACCUAGUUUGAAGAUUUAAUUUUCAAGAAUGUGCAAAAGGAUGAAAAUGUCUAAAAAUAAAAUGUAUGAAUAAAUGAAAAGAUAACUCAAGUUAUGAGUGAAAAGCAUACUAUUUGAAAGCUUGAAAGAGAAGCUUCUUCAAGUUCCCAACAGUAGCUCUUAGUUUGAGAGAUCCUUAAAUUGUUAAAAGCCAAGUUUUAAUCGAGGACUGGAAUUUGAACCGAUUUAGAUUAAUUUUAUAUUAUCUGCUUACCACAAAGGUUAUUGUGACUUUGUUUAAAAUGACAACACAGUAUAGAAGUGAAAUCAAGUGCAUUGUGUGUUGCUGAAUUGGGUUGAGCGAGGGAGUGGAUAUCUCAUUUUUAAAAA